GACGUAGACGCGCCCGCACAUGCGCCCUAACGCACACACGCUGACGUCAGGGGUGGACGUCGUGCCUGCAGUUCCACUGGCCGUACCUGCAGCAGGUUUUUCUCUCUCUGCCGGCAGGACCCAAGCUAACUGUUCAAGAUGUCGUACAUGCUUCCCCAUUUGCACAAUGGUUGGCAGGUAGAUCAAGCUAUUCUUUCAGAAGAGGACCGAGUUGUUGUUAUUAGAUUUGGACAUGAUUGGGAUCCCACCUGUAUGAAAAUGGAUGAAGUUCUAUAUAGUAUUGCAGAGAAGGUAAAAAAUUUUGCAGUUAUAUAUCUUGUGGAUAUUACAGAAGUACCAGACUUCAAUAAAAUGUAUGAACUGUAUGAUCCCUGUACUGUCAUGUUUUUCUUCAGGAACAAGCACAUCAUGAUUGAUUUGGGUACAGGUAACAACAACAAGAUUAACUGGGCAAUGGAAGACAAGCAAGAGAUGAUUGACAUAAUAGAAACUGUAUAUAGAGGUGCUCGUAAAGGUAGAGGUCUCGUGGUCUCUCCAAAAGACUAUUCCACCAAAUACAGAUACUGAUGUUAUUUUGGAGAUCAGAGCUCUAAUUCUUUAAGAGUAUGUAGAGGCUAUUGAGUAUUUUUUAUGUAUGGAAGUUGUUGGGCUUUUUUUUUUUUUACCUAUUUAAAUAUUUUGGGGAAAAUGCUUGAAAGAUACAUGAAAUAAGGAGCUGGAACAUCUUUUUUGGAAUUAGGGCUAUAUAGCCUUAAAAUUACAGGGUAUUUUUAUAUGGUUAAAUAACUUAAACAAUUCACAGCUGAAAUAAUUAAAAUACAUGAGAAUGUGAUUAUAGUCUGUUAAUGUGAUUUUUUUGUUUUGGAACAACUUUGCGAUUGAAGAUUCUUUGCUUUUAGUGAAAACAUGGUUUGACUAAAUUUGCCUCAGAAGACUGGAGAGUUCAUUUAACCUUUCAACCGUUAUAUUUUGUAAUCUGUUAUUGAUCUAUUCUUGUUAUUUGAUAACGAUACAGAGCUUUUAAAGUGCCCCCCCCCCCCCGAAGUAAACAGAAAUGUUCAUCCUUUCAUCUAACUGUAAACAAAACCCUACGAUAUAAAUGUAUUUUUUAAAAGUUCAAUUAAAAUUAAAGGGCUCCUAGAGAUGGGAGGGCCUGGGUUCAAAUUUGUCCUGAAACUAUGAAACUUCUGAGCUAUGUGACCCUGGGCAAGUCACUUAAUCCCAGUUAACUUGCUUUUACCACCCUUCUGUUGUGGAACUAAUACACAGUAUUGAUUCUAAAACAGAAAGCAAGAGUUUAUUUAAAAAAAAAAUUAAAGGCCUGAGGGUUCAGUUAGUUCACUUUCUACUUUAACAGAACUACAUCUAACAUUUAGUCUUAUUACUCAUUAUCAUUAUUUGUUUUCUCCAUUAAAAAUUUCUGGGGAAGUUGACUCUACUUAGAGGUAAAAAUUCUUUAAUGUUAACUUUACUAUGGCAAAUUAAACCAAUUUCUCUUAUGUUCAGCCUAGGUGAUUAUUAAAGGAUAACAGAUUUAGAACUAGAAAAAAAGACUAGAUAAAAAACUAAGACCCAGAGAAGUCAUUUCAUUUGUACAAGGUCAUAUCUCUAAUGAAUAGCAGAGCAGAACUUGAAUUGAAUGAACUUCCUAAUUCCAAAUCAGUUAUUCUUUCUGCUAUAUUAUGCAGUUUUAUAGAAUAGCUCAUGUUAAUCAUAUCCCCAGUAUAUGUGUGCAUGUGAAUUUGCUAGUCAUUUGAAGGAAAUUGCUAAGUUAAUCCUUACCUUUUUUUAAACAAAUAUAUCAGAAUUAAUAUCUUAAAAAUGUCUCCUAGAGUUUUGUAUUCCUUUAUAUUUCCAUUGUUAAAAACGUUCUUAGAAAUCCUUUUUUGAACUGCUUUCAGAGCCAGCUUGUGUCACAAGAAAGUGUGUCACCCUUGGAAGUUUGAUCAGGAGCGUACAAAAAUGUCUUGCCUGAUCACUCACUGUAUUAUUCAGACUUGACCUUGAAUGCUUUUAAUUGCUUUCCAAAUUUUACAUCCUCCCUCAAAGACUGAAGAAUUUGAUUUGAUUAAGGAUAUUCAGAAGAACAAGCUGUCAGUCCUUUAAAGUGUUUCCUUUUUUGAGCAACUGAUUUGGUUAGGAUAGGUAUGUAGCCUGCUGAGGAAACUCCUUUCAAAGGGAUGUUAUUUGUUCCUUUAUAUCUUGCCCCCAUGUCUAGAAUACCCAUCCUUUCAGCUCUGACUUGGAAUCUCUAGAUCCCUUUAACUCAGUUUGUGUUCUCCCUUCAACAAGAGGUAUUUUCUGUCUCCUACCUAGUCCUACCACUAAAAAUUGUCUUCCUCAUCUUGAAGGAUGUUACAGUGUAUGUAAUUCCUGUUCAUUUUUGUACCUUUUAUAUCCCUUCAGCAGAAUAUAAACUUCUUAAGGAAAGAGAUUGUUCUUUUUUGUAUUUGUAGCACCUAAAACAGGAGUUACCUUACUACUAUCCACAGGCCAAAUAUACCCAGUUGCCUACUGCUUACUGUCCCCAGCUAAGAAUGGUUUUUGCAUUUUAAAGUGCAACAAAACUAUUUUAAAAUGUAAAAACUAUUCUUGGCUCUUGGAUUUGCCCUUGGCUUAGAAUAUUGUUUGGCAUAUAAGUACUCAAUACUUAAUGACUUGAAGUGCUAGGAUCAGUAAUUAUUUGACUAUAUAAGUACUUCUGUUUGUUUAGAACAAGUUAGUAUCUGGUUACUUUAUGAUCACAUUGCAUAUAUGAUGGUUGGCUAAUGCUUAAUCUGGAAAAAAAUAACUGGUUGACUGGUUAUCAUGUAUAUUUUUUCAUAAUGGCUAAAAGUUAUUGAAAUAUAAUCAAUACAAAUGGAAAUUAUUGUCUAUUUUUAUCUUUAGGCCUUUCUCUUAACAUCUUUGUAAGUUGAAAUGAUAAUAGAAAAGACAGUUUUUCCUUUUUGUCAAAGUAUUUAAUCUACCAUUUUAAUUAUUUCUCACCUAUAAUGACAUUUGCAUUACCUAAGGAGUGGAACCUAACUCAUCUAUUUAAGCAACCUCUUAUAGAAAUGGGAUGGCCUUCUGUCUGUGUAAGAAUUCAAAUUAUGGUCCUAAAUUUUCAUUGCAGUGUUAAUGCUAUGUUUCUUUGUCAGAUAUAUAAAACAUCAAUCUUUUUUAUCAAUGACAUUUAUGAUUUGUUACUUCAAGCAGAUGUCAGAUAAUUUAACCAUGAACAAGCUGAUAUCUAACAGUUAUGAGUAGUUGAGACAUUAAGAAAAAAAAGUCUAAUAAUUUGCUAAUUAUUAACUCCUCUGGGUUUGUUAAAGCUUUAUCCCUGUAUUAAUUAGAUCAUUAGGAAGCUGUAUGCAGAGACCAUAUUUUCACAGCUCCCUUGAGAAACAUCUUCCCCUUGCUGGAAGUUAACAUUGCCUGUAGCUAUUACAGAGUGGAGUAUUACUGUAUCUCUUGCAAAACUGUAAUUGGUAAUAAUGCCUAUUUAUAUAACACAGUGCCUUUUAUGAAAGGAUCCUACAUGUGAAUUCCUCUUAAAAUUUAUUAUUUAUUAUUUCUACUCCAAGUCUCUCCUCUUUGUAAUCCAUUCUCCAUACAGCUACCAAAUUAAUAUUUCUAAAACAGAGGUCUGAUCAUGUCUCUCCCCUACACACAAAAAAUCUUUAGUAGCUGCCUGUGGGCUCUGGGAUACAAUUUAAACCUCUCAGCUAAUAAUUUAAGCAAGUAAUGAAUAAGUAUUAAGUGCCUAUGGUGUUCCAAGCAUUGUAUGAUUGUUUCAUAUAUGAAACAAUCCCAUCAUAUUUAAGAUCUCCAAAUCUGGCCCCUUCCUGUUUUCUUUUAUUUCUCUCCUUUACUUAAUCUUUGUUUAAGUCAAAUUGGUCCCUAUUUCCCUGAACUUGAUUGGUCAUCUUCCACCUUCAUCCUAAUCUUUGCCCAGACUGUUGUCCUUUGCCUAGAGUGUACUCCCUCCUUACCUCAACUUUUUAGAGUCCAUAGCUUUUUAAAUUCAGCUUACUUACCACUAAUAUGGAAAACCUUUACAGAGCCACUUCUUCCCCCUCCCAUCCCACAAAAUUGUUAACAUUCUCUCCUUUAUUGAACUAAUCUGUAUUUAUUGCUCUGUGAAUUUUUAAUCCCCAGCUUCUUUCAAGGUUUAGCUCAGGUUCCACCUACUAAAUGAGGCCUUUCCUGCUCCCAUUCCAGUUAUUAGUAUUUUCCAGGACCCCAAAAUUGCCCUUUAUAUAUUUUAUAUUUACUUAUUUAUGUACAUGAUGUAUAUGAAUUGUAGAAUAGAAGUUCCUUAAAAGCAGUUACUGCAUCAUUUGUGUCUUUGUAUUUUGAAUGCCUUGCCACCUAGUAGGUAUUUAGCAAGUGUUUCUUGAAUUGUUGAUAAUGAAAAUACUACAUAUAUUCCCAUUUGGCCUUAGUUGUCUAGAAUCUCAGAGCUGAUUCAUUGUUCAUCUGCAGUAACUAACAUUUACAGAGCUUGUUUUGGGGAUUUUGAUGCUUUUGUUCAUUACUAAUUUUUGAGUUUUAAUUCUGUUCUCUUUCAAUUUUGUUAUUGUAUAUACCAGUUUUGUAAAUGAUCUCAGAUCAUUUUUGGAAGUGGAAUGCAAAUCAUAAAUAAAAUGCUUUAUUUAGUUAAA